CCCGCCCUCUCUGCGUGCUGGCGACUCCGCCCACCUCCUGGUCGCCAGGCUUCUCCGAUUCUGAUGGGAAGCGAGUAGUUUGCUGCCGGAGUGUGAUCUGGUGCUUUUGCAGGCGGACGGGUUCCCUGGGCUUCGCUGUUUGGGUUUGCAGCUGCUGGAUUUGUAGCCUCCUUUGUCGUGCAGGGCAUGAUGAAAAACAAGACAGUCAAUUUUCAUGUGAUGGACUUCUUGGGAAUUAGCGAUGGACUUCUUGGGAAAACAGUACUGACCAUUCAGUGUAUUUUCUACAAUGUCACAGUGGUACCAGCUACAACAGUUAGACUCCAAAUUUCUGGAGCAAGUAGAUCAGCUCUAUGAUGAUAACUUUCCAAUGGAAAUCAGGCAGUACCUUGGACAAUGGCUGGAGACUAAAGACUGGGACCAUGCUGCCAUCAAUGAUUCAUUGGCCAUAGUCUUGUUCCAUGAACUUCUGGUGCAGUUAGAUGACCAAUACAGUCGGUUUUCUCUGGAGAACAACUUUCUGCUUCAGCACAACAUCAGAAAAAUCAAACGCAACCUUCAGGUUAACUUCCAGGAAGAUCCUACUUUUAUGGCACUCACAAUAUCUAAAUGCCUGAAGGAAGAAAAGAAAAUCCUGGAAAAUGCACUAAAAGCUGAACAGAAUCAUGUUGGUCCUGUCCAGAACACUGUAAUUCAGGAUAAGCAGAAACAGCUGGAUCAGAAAGUGAAGAACAUAAAGAGCAAUGUUCAAGAGAUUGAACAGGAAAUCAAGUCUCUUGAAGAUCUUCAAGAUGAAUUUGAUUUCCGAUCUAAAACUUUGCAAAGUCGAGAACAUGAAGUGAAUGGUUUGGCUCAAAAUGAAAUUAAACAAGAAAAAGUCCUUCUUCACAAUAUGAUGCUCAAGUUGGAUUUGAAACGAAAGGAUGUAAUCAAUAAAACUGCUUCCCUGCUGAAUGAAACAGAGAAAAUUGAGGGAAUUUUGAUCAAUGAAGAGUUGGUGGAAUGGAAACGGAGACAACAGAUUGCAUGCAUUGGUGGACCACCAAACACCUGUCUUGACCAGCUGCAACAAUGGUUCACGUUGCUGGCUGAGAGUUUGCAGCAGGUUCGGCAACAGUUAAAGAAAUUAGAAGAGCUUGAGCAGAAAUAUUCAUAUGAUGGAGACCCCAUUACUCACAACAAGCAAUUUCUGGAGGAAAGGAACAACAAUUUGUUUUGCAAUCUUAUUAAAAGUUCCUUUGUGGUGGAGAGACAACCUUGCAUGCCAACUCAUCCUCAGAGACCAAUGGUCCUCAAAACUGGUGUGCAGUUUACUGUUAAGUUAAGGCUCCUGGUAAGGCUACCAGAACUAAAUUACCAAUUGCGUGUAAAAGCAUCCUUUGACAAAGAUGUAGCUGAAAAGUGUGCGAUAAAGGGAUUUCGAAAAUUCAAUAUACUAGGAACUAACACAAAAGUGAUGAACAUGGAGGAGUCAACAAAUGGAAGUUUAGCUGCUGAAUUCAGGCAUCUGCAACUGAAGGAACAGAAGAAUGCAGGGAGCCGAACAACAGAAGGUCCUCUUAUUGUGACUGAGGAACUUCACUCCAUCAGCUUCGAAACUCAGUGCUGUCACCAAAAUCUGAUAAUUGAUCUAGAGACUACAUCUUUACCAUUGGUGGUGAUAUCCAAUGUUAGCCAGCUCCCCAGUGGCUGGGCUUCUAUUUUGUGGUACAACAUGCUCGUAAGCGAGACUAAGACCUUGGCUUUUUUCUCCAAUCCCCCAGCUGCCAAGUGGUGUCACCUGUCUGAGGUACUGAGUUGGCAAUUUUCCUCUAUCACCAAACGAGGCCUUAAUGCUGAACAGCUCAGCAUGCUGGGAGAGAAGUUACUAGGUACAAAUAACUGCUUCAAUGACAGUACCAUUCCAUGGACACGAUUCUGCAAGGAGAACCUGAACGAAAAGCCUUUCUCAUUCUGGCUGUGGAUCGAAGGGAUUUUGGAGUUGAUCAAAAAGCAUCUCCUGCCUCUCUGGAAUGAUGGGUGGAUCAUGGGAUUUGUGAGUAAGGAAAAAGAACGUGCUUUGCUGAAGGGUAGGCAGCCAGGUACAUUUUUACUGAGGUUCAGCGAGAGCAGUCGAGAAGGUGCCAUUACUUUUACCUGGGUGGAAAUAUCUCCAAGUGAUGAAUCUCAAUUUCACUCAGUGGAGCCAUACACAAAGCAUCAACUGUCAGCAGUAACUUUCCCAGAUAUCAUCCGCAAUUACAAAGUUAUGGCAGCUGAAAAUAUUCCAGAAAAUCCAUUGAAGUAUUUGUAUCCCGAGGUCCCAAAAGAUCAGGCAUUUGGAAAGUAUUACUCCAGGCCAAAAGAUCCUUCAGAGCCUAUGGAUGUAGAUGACUCCAAGACUAGUGGUUAUAUAAAGACUGAACUGAUCUCCGUGUCUGAAGUUCAUCCCUCAAGACUGCAGUCAACAGAAAAUCUUCUGCCUAUGUCUGUGGAGGAUUUUGGUGAAUUGGAGCGCCACUUAAGUCCCUCAGAAAUUGACACAGUGAUGUGUUCAACGUAUCCAAAUUAACCAAGGUCCUCUUCGUGACUGUGAAUCGACAAGUUCUGGCAGUGGUGUUUGGAAGCUGCUACAGUAACCCAAAACUGAUAGUUCAAUGUAAAUAAUGACAUUUUUCACAUAAACAUUGCAAAGAUAAAGUAGCUACAGCAUGAAAUGUUUUAUUUACGUUUUGAGUAUUUGUAUCAUUUUCAUAUUUUCUUGAACUUAAAUACUAACCAUACCAUUAAAUUUGGCUGUUUCAUUGUGAAUUUUUUUUUAAGGAAACCAACCAAUUUCCUUUUGUUUAUCAAGACUUGAAAGAUGGCUCUUGGGCUUGGAGUUCUUAAAGCUCCUGUCCUGCCUAACUUUAUCCUAGGUUGCCUAUUAGGAGCCUUUGCCCUUUCUCCUCCUCAGCUUCAUUGCUGAAGAUACCCGGUUCUAAUGGAUACAUUCUAGACGAAAUUCAGAAUUUGAAUAGGUACUUAGUUCUUUGUACAGAGCCCACUGGCAGUGUGUGCAUGUGUGUGUUCGUUCUAGCACUUGUGCUAAUUUAUUAUGUUAACAAUCCCCUUUUAAGUACAAUUUCCAUCCUUUUGAAAUCAACUGUCAAACACUGGCUCCCAUCUUUAAGACUGCUUAUUGUCUCACUCAUUGCCAUCUGCUUCCACUCACCCGUUAGUGAAAGCUUCAGUUCUCGCUUUUGUAACCGUUAGCCUUGAUUAUUGCAGUAGCUCCUACAAGCUUCCCAGUUCCCAUCCUCAAAAUUACAGCACAUUCAAUAUUCUACUUAUUGUAUCCCACAUCAAGCUGUCCUUCCACCGUUCUCGUUCACUGACCUGAUUCUCCAACACAAGUUAAAAAUUCUCGAGCUCAUAUUCCAAAGCUUUAUUCCCUCUCUGUAACAACCUUCAGCACAUCAAGAAUAUUAGAUUACUCCAACUCUGAACUCUUGUGCAUUUCCCACUUGGACUGGUAGCAGCUGUGCCCUUAAUUUUCUAAGUCCUUAACUUUAAAUCUGACAUACUUUUUCCCAUUGACCUUUUAAGGCACUACUUAAAAACUUACCUUUCUGCCCAAUUUUCAGGUCAUGUCUGAAUACCUCCUUCAGCACAGUGGUCAAUUUUGGGCUAGGGGUGCCAUUGUUAACUGUCUUAAGAUGUUUCCCAAUGCUAAAAAUGGUAUUUAAAAGGGAAUUGUUGCACUGUUUAUAUACAGUCAAAUGACAAAAUACCUCUUCCCAUAAUUUUCUGAUUUGAAACAGCACCAGAAUACUUGUUUGAAACAGGUUCAGUUUUAAUGAAAAUGGAUAGUUGCAUUAAUUAUCCUAUUAUGUUUCUAACCAAACUUAAUAUCACUUGCCUGAACAUUUCCAUGUUUUACUGAUAUUGAGCAAUUCUUUGCAGAUCUGUGGCACUGGCAGAACAUUUUAACAAAAAUCUUGGAUUUCCAAACUAGGUGAUUAUUUUGUAUCCAUAUUGAGCAGUGAAACCAUGGUUUUUCAAUACGCCAACCCCACCACACAAAUGUCACGCCCAUGUCACAUCUCAAACAAGUCAGCACACUUUAAAACAACUGCCACCAUUACUUGCUCAAAUGUGAAAAAAAUGUUCAUCCUCUUAAGAGCUGUUUGCUUUACCGCACUUCAGCAUUCUUAUCUCAAUAAAUCAAUUAAUAAAG